AUACGAUAGCGAGCAUGAACAUAUUCACAUUUUUUUACUGGGUGUUCAUAUUUCAUUGAUUAAUGUCAUAAGGACACGGAAAAACAAUUAUAAGGUGUUACAGCCACUGCGACCGCAGGGUUAAAAGUACGUCAAUGGAAACACGUAUCUGAGAUCAUCUGCAGUUUACCAGUGCAGUGUGUAAAAACAUUUCGGAAACCAUUUUCAGCGAUCCUCACUAAGAGGAAUUAUUCGUCAGCAGGUGUUGAUGAUGGCUGUGGAUUGGACUGGAUACGGAUAUGCAGCACUGGUGGCAUCUGGAGGAGUUGUAGGAUAUGUCAAAGCAGGCAGUGUUCCAUCAAUGGCGGCAGGGCUAUUGUUUGGGGGUUUGGCUGGGUUUGGUGCCUACCAGAUAUCCCAAGAUCCCAGAAAUAUUUGGGUGUCUUUAGCCACUUCUGGGACUCUUGCUGCUGUCAUGGGAAAGAGAUUCUAUAGUUCACGCAAAAUCAUGCCAGCUGGUCUCAUUGCUGGAGUCAGUAUUCUGAUGGUGGCCAAGCUUGGAGCUGGGAUGCUGCAGAAACCACAACAGUCAUGAUACAUACAGAAAAUACAAAAAUCAAUUUCCUUCUAAAAUGUAACCCAAACAUGUAAUUAUGUUUUUUUUUGUAUAAAAUGUUCAAUAACAUUUCUGAAUGUUCAAAUGGUUCAUCAGCAGUCUUAUAAUUAAAAUGCCUUAAAAUA